GUGACCCGGGUGGGAAAGCCCUCCGCGGCCGCCAUUUUGGCUGCCUCUGUCGGUCUGUUCAGUUACCACGUGAACCGCCGACGGAGACCCGUGGGGGGGGAGAGGCGGCGGCAGCGUUAAGUGAGAAAGGGAAAAAGACAACGAGGAGAAGGGGGUGUCCCGGUAGGGCGACGUGGUGACACCCGAGGCCUUGGUGGUGGCGGCGGCGGAUCGGGGUAUAUCAAGGCUGAAGCAGUUAGGGAACGGCAGCGGCGGCGGUCGGACAAACAGACUGACCGAGCCGGGUGGUGGCGGGAGCCGCGGGAGGAGCCGGAACGAUGCCGGCCGUGAGCCUCCCGCCCAAGGAGAACGCGCUCUUUAAGCGGAUCUUGAGAUGUUAUGAACAUAAGCAGUAUAGAAAUGGAUUGAAGUUCUGUAAACAAAUCCUCUCUAAUCCCAAAUUUGCAGAGCAUGGAGAAACCCUGGCUAUGAAAGGGUUAACACUGAAUUGUCUGGGGAAGAAAGAAGAAGCUUAUGAAUUGGUUCGUAGAGGCUUGAGAAAUGACUUGAAGAGUCACGUGUGUUGGCAUGUGUAUGGCCUUCUUCAGAGGUCAGACAAGAAGUACGACGAAGCCAUUAAGUGUUACAGAAAUGCACUAAAAUGGGAUAAAGACAAUCUUCAAAUCUUAAGGGACCUUUCCUUGCUACAGAUUCAAAUGCGAGAUCUUGAGGGUUACAGGGAAACGAGAUAUCAGUUACUUCAGCUUCGACCUGCACAAAGAGCAUCAUGGAUUGGUUAUGCUAUUGCUUACCAUUUACUAGAAGAUUAUGAAAUGGCAGCAAAGAUCUUAGAAGAAUUUAGAAAAACACAGCAGACAUCCCCUGACAAAGUGGAUUAUGAAUAUAGUGAACUCCUUUUAUAUCAAAAUCAAGUUCUUCGGGAAGCAGGUCUAUAUAGAGAAGCCUUGGAACACCUUUGUACCUAUGAAAAGCAGAUUUGCGAUAAACUUGCUGUAGAAGAAACCAAAGGGGAACUUAUGUUGCAAUUGUGUCGUUUGGAAGAUGCUGCUGAUGUUUAUAGAGGACUGCAAGAGAGAAAUCCUGAAAACUGGGCCUAUUACAAAGGCUUAGAAAAAGCACUGAAGCCAGCUAAUAUGUUAGAAAGGCUAAAAAUAUAUGAGGAGGCCUGGACUAAAUAUCCCAGGGGACUGGUGCCAAGAAGGCUGCCGUUAAACUUUUUAUCUGGUGAGAAGUUUAAGGAAUGUUUGGAUAAAUUUCUAAGGAUGAAUUUCAGCAAAGGUUGCCCGCCAGUCUUCAAUACUUUGAGGUCAUUAUACAAAGAUAAAGAAAAGGUGGCAAUCAUAGAAGAAUUAGUAGUAGGUUAUGAAACCUCUCUAAAAAGCUGCCGUCUAUUUAACCCCAAUGAUGAUGGAAAGGAGGAGCCCCCAACCACGUUACUUUGGGUCCAGUACUACUUGGCACAGCACUAUGACAGGAUUGGCCAGCCAUCUAUUGCUCUGGGAUAUAUAAACACUGCUAUUGAAAGCACACCUACGCUAAUAGAGCUCUUUCUUGUUAAAGCUAAAAUCUAUAAGCAUGCUGGGAAUAUCAAAGAAGCUGCAAGGUGGAUGGACGAAGCCCAGGCCCUGGACACAGCAGACAGAUUUAUUAACUCCAAGUGUGCAAAAUAUAUGCUAAAAGCCAAUCUGAUUAAAGAGGCCGAAGAAAUGUGCUCAAAGUUUACAAGGGAAGGGACAUCAGCAGUAGAAAAUUUGAAUGAAAUGCAGUGCAUGUGGUUCCAGACAGAAUGUGCCCAGGCGUAUAAAGCAAUGAAUAAAUUUGGUGAAGCACUUAAGAAAUGUCAUGAAAUUGAGAGACAUUUUAUAGAAAUCACUGAUGACCAGUUUGACUUUCAUACAUACUGUAUGAGGAAGAUUACCCUUAGAUCAUAUGUGGACUUAUUAAAACUAGAAGAUGUACUUCGACAGCAUCCAUUUUACUUCAAGGCAGCAAGAAUUGCUAUAGAGAUCUAUUUGAAGCUUCAUGACAACCCCCUUACAGAUGAAAAUAAAGAACAUGAAGCUGAUACAGCAAACAUGUCUGACAAAGAGCUAAAGAAACUGCGUAAUAAACAAAGAAGAGCUCAAAAGAAAGCCCAGAUAGAAGAAGAGAAAAAAAAUGCAGAAAAAGAAAAGCAGCAGAGAAAUCAGAAAAAGAAGAAGGAUGAUGAUGAUGAGGAAAUUGGAGGUCCAAAAGAAGAACUUAUCCCAGAAAAACUGGCCAAGGUUGAAACUCCAUUGGAAGAAGCUAUUAAAUUUUUAACACCGUUGAAGAACUUGGUGAAGAACAAGAUAGAAACUCAUCUUUUUGCCUUUGAGAUUUACUUUAGGAAAGAGAAGUUUCUUUUGAUGCUGCAAUCAGUGAAGAGAGCGUUUGCUAUUGAUUCUGGUCACCCCUGGCUUCAUGAGUGCAUGAUCCGGCUCUUCAGUACUGCAGUGUGUGAAAGUAAAGAUUUACCUGAAACAGUUAGAACAGUAUUAAAACAAGAAAUGAAUCGUCUUUUUGGAGCAACAAAUCCAAAGAAUUUUAAUGAAACUUUUCUCAAAAGGAAUUCUGAUUCAUUGCCACACAGAUUAUCAGCUGCCAAAAUGGUAUAUUAUUUAGAGUCUUCUAGUCAGAAACGAGCUAUUGAGUUGGCAACGACGCUUGACGAAUCCCUCACUAACAGAAACCUCCAGACUUGCAUGGAGGUAUUAGGAGCCUUGCGUGAUGGUAGCCUAGGAGACUGUAAAGAAGCUGCUGAGGCUUAUAGAGCAAAUUGUCAUAAGCUUUUCCCUUAUGCUUUGGCUUUCAUGCCUCCUGGAUAUGAAGAAGAUAUGAAGAUCACAGUUAAUGGAGAUAGUUCUGCAGAAACCGAAGAACUGGCCAAUGAAAUUUGAACAUCAUUAAACAAGCAAAUGGAAUGACUUUGGACCAUAUCUAGUGUAUAAUAUUUUUGUCACGCACCUGCUGCAUUGCUCUAACUUACACAGAAUGAGAAGAGUAAAUGUUCUUGCCUUCAAAUAGUGUUUUACGUUUUUUAUCCUGCUGAAAAAUAUAUAUAAAAUAUCUAACAUUACAGGAUAUAGGUUCAGUUUCUUAAAAAAUUAAAAGCUGCUAAAAUUGGGGGGUUAAAAAAAAAAAAGAUACCUUAUCCUACUCCUACCUUCCCAUCCAUGUUUUUAAACUAAUUUAUAUAAAAUCUGGAGGCUGUUAUAGCUAACAAAGCAGGUGUGUGGCAGAAAUAUUAAUUUAAAUUGUCUUGUGAGAUUUUACUCUAUCUCAGACAGCAUUAAUGCUGUUUUAGCACUGGAUUCUUUCACUGAGCACAAAGAGUUGUUGGGGCUUUAGCAUCUGACUGAUUUUGUUACGGGGUUGAUUCUGACCAUAGGAAGUAUGCAAUGUGAAUCACUAUUUACAGAGAAAUCUACAACAGAUGCUUGAUGUUGUAGAAACUGGGACAUAUAGCUACCAAGCAGGAUUAUAAGAAACCUAGAAGGUGUUCAAUACGCUUGUUGUGUUUCCAAAAUUCACUGUACAUGAUCAGUUUGGUGUUCUUGUACCACAGUUUUUAACUGAAGGAACCAGUUGGAACAAUCUCAAUUUUAACUAAAACUUGAAGAACUUAAAUAACAAUGCAAACCUUUCAGCAUUGUUUUGGCCAAACUUGUUAAAACUGUAAUGCAAGAACCAAAUGCACUGUGAUGUGGCACCAACUAAUUAGUAAGCGUGAAUUUUUCACCCAAGAGUGAGAAAAAACAAGAAAAUCUACCAUGUCUUGAAGUUAAAGAGCAGAACUCCUGACUACCAUUCUAUGACUGAUCAAGAGACUAAUAGUUAAAAACCUCAGCAGGCCUUGUUCACGAUAUGCAGAAAAAAAGUGCUGCAGUUUAGAUACCUCUGGAAUUUUUCCACAGUGUCACAGGUUUGUAAUACUUGAAGCCCUACAUUUCUAAGAAUAUAUUUCUUGCUCAGUUGUUUCAGGCAAGCCCAAGACUUUGUAAUUUUUAAAGGGCCCAAGAUUUUUUUUUUUUUUUCCAAAUAACAGACCAGCUUCUUUUUCCUGCAGUUACAGAUGUAAUUUCUUUUUUGUUGUCAAACAUAAGGUACCAAAUAUGAUGCAAUAAAUUGUUUUGAAAAACAGUUGUGUGAAUAUUUCCACUAAUCUGUGUUGGGCUUCUGUGAAAAUACACAGGUGGAAACAGAGGUUGCACCAGAGGCACUGUAAAGCUGAUACAGAUGGGAUCUUUUUGGAAUGGGCUAAAUGCUGGUGUCAGGGAAGUUCCAUAGUGAAGCGGAAUGCUGCUCCGAGUUAAGAUUUCUUCAAGGGCUAGGAUGGUGGCAGGUACUAUGAAUGUAAUUCAUAAUCUGAAAGGAAAGCUAAAAACUGCUGUUUUGGUUGGGAAAAUGAGCCUUAAACAUGUCCAACCUGUACACUGAGAACUAGCCUCAGACUCAGUACUCUCAUUUCAUUUACAAGAUCCGAGCACAUAGGAAGAAAUGAAAUGAAUCAAGUGUGUAUAAUUGAACUUUUUGUAGUACUUUCAGUUUCUAGAGUAUAUACUCUAAAGGAAUUUUCAAAAGACGUGAUCCUUUUAUUCUUUCAUAGUACGUGACCUGCAUUCCCUAUCCCAGUCUACAGGUUAGUGAUGUAAAGAGCAGUACAGACCGAACUCCAGUGCUUUGCUUUCUUUUAUUAACUGGCCCUGUCUCAGGAACAUCUUAACAGAUGGCAAAAAAGACAAACUUUUUUUCUACUUCUCCUGUGAGUGGCAACUGAGUUCUUAUUACUAGGAUAGAACACUAGUGCCACCUCUGCCACUGAUGAGGUGUUUGGAGGAGGCACCAGCCAUAAAGCAGGGGUGUAUGUGUGACUUUUGUUUAAACUCUACUGUAUAUUCAAAUGAAAUCCAUCUGUUUGUCUUGACAAUGUUUAAAUGAUGUAGAUUGUUUUAGAAUGACUCUUCAGAAGUACUUAGAACUCUAAAUGCAGAUGCCACCAUGAGGAGCUAACUUCCUAAUAUGUAUAUUGUAUUCCAACCCAAUUUUACUGGAACUAUUGAAUAAAUCUUUUAUUUUCUUUCAGGUUUACUUGAUAGUGGAUACAUUGUGUGGUGUCAGAGGACCGUGACUGGGUUCAUUUUAUGUCCAGACAUCACCCCUAAAACAUUGUACUGUACUCUUGCUCCAAGUAGUAUCACCUGGAUCAUCUCACAUUUGCCUCCUUUAUUCUAUUAUUUUCAAAUGAUACUGUGGGGGGAAAACAGGGUUAGAAAAACAAGUGGAAAAAAUGCAGUGAUGUUGUAAUCUAAACAAGUGCCUUAUGUUUAUUGCUAAGAACUGGUGUUAUCAACCCUUUUGAUAAGAAAGGGUCCCUUGACCUGUAUUAACAUA